CUUUUGGCUUCAAAAAUUUUACGUUUUUAAAAAAAAUUCAGUGAACUGAAAUGCAAUCGUUGAAAAAAUUAGUAAACCCAUUUAUGGGUCCCAAUUUGUUAACAAAAUGUCUAAGAACAAUGACAAAAAAUAUUCGUGGUUUAACACAAGACGAAGGACCGUCUGGUAAAACGCGUUUAAUAAUAGAACCACUUACAGAUCGAGAAUUAAUACGUGUAAGCGGCAAAGAAGUCGUACCAUUUUUGCAGGGAUUAACAACAAACGACAUGAAACAUUUGAACAGUGACCAAUCCCUUUCUAAUGAUUCCAUGUACACAAUGUUCUUAAAUAAGGCUGGACGCAUAUUAUAUGACUCAAUUAUAUAUCGCACCAAAGAUGUAAACACGUUUUUAAUUGAAUGUGAUAAAGGAAUUUCUGAACAGCUACGUCAACAUUUGCGUUUAUAUCGUGUUCGUCGAAAAAUUGUUAUUGAAGCAGCUGGAGAUAAAUACAAACCGUGGAUAGUAUUUAACCCAGAUGAUGGCGAUAUUAAUUUCGAUAGCUCGGGUGUAAUUGGUAAUAUGCAAUUUUGCACAGAUCCACGUAUACGUGAACUGGGUGUGCGAGUAAUCGCAGGUGUUAAGAAUGAAUGGGAUGAUAUAGCUGAAAUAUUUUCUGAAGCCGAUAAAGUUACAGUUUCUCCUCCAACCAACGAUUGUAAUUAUCGUAUACGACGUUAUAAAUACGGUGUAGGAGAAGGCGUGACAGAUUUACCACCCGGUAAAUGUUUUCCUUUAGAAGCAAAUGGCGAUUAUCUACAUGGUGUCAGCUUUCAAAAGGGUUGUUAUAUUGGACAAGAACUUACAGCACGCGUCUAUCAUACCGGCACAAUACGUAAACGUUUUAUGCCAAUACGGCUAACGGCACCAGUAUCAAAAGAAGUCACUACUGUCCAGUUAGCCUCAGGUGCCAAUAUUGGGACAAUACGUGGCAUUAGUCGUGAUCGAGCUAUAGGAUUAUUACGCGUAGAACAGGCACUAGGUGCACCUAAACUAUUAAUUGAUGGAGCUGAUUGCUAUGUUGAAAAACCUAAAUGGUGGCCUGCAGAGUCACGUAAUCCAAAUAAAAUUUAAAACGAAUUGUAGAACUCAGUAAUACCAAGAUUAAAACUGUAACAAGAUGUAGCUUUAAGAAUUUAUAUAUUAU